ACCUCCUGUAAGUCAAACCUCCUUUCUAAACAGACUCUCUUUUGCAACUUCUCCAGCAGAAAGAUUGCCAGUAACUGGUGAGAAGAGGAAGGCAUGGGGCAGAGAUACCGGGUCCGAGCCAUGAAAUGUCAGCUGCUGGUGGCUAGCUUCUUUGUAAUGGUGCUUGGGGUCUCCGUCACCAUACUGACCAUUAUCACCUACUAUGGGAAGCACUUCACAGUCAUCAGUGAGGUCUCUUUGGAGACAAACCUCUACAAAAGAACUUUUCUUCACCGUGGAGUUUUUUAUGCUGGGAUAUGCCUGAGCAUCCUUCUGAUCGUCGCUGCCCUACUGAGUGUUGUUGCCACGGUGAGAGAACUGGAGAGUGCCAUGGCAGCGGUUUUUUUCUGUUUCGGAGUGGUUUUCUGUGCAUCGGUAAAGACCACCUACUGGUCAAUUACUAACGGUAUUGUGGCUGAAGAUGCCAUGAUGGAUGUGUAUGACAUCGUGUAUGAAGAUGUGAGAAGCAACUCUUCCAACACCAGGAGACAGGAGCUACAUACCAUCCACAAAACGUUUCUCUGUUGUGGGAAAAAGCCACCCUUUGGAGAAGCAAGCAGGAUUGAAAAAGAGAUGUGCCAAUCAGAAACAGUGGGAACAACAGAAAAGGAUUGCCUAGAAGAGAUCCAAAAUUUCCUGAAAAAACACAUGACUUUUGUCUCUGUGCUGAUGACCAUUACAAUUUUCUUCAUGGUGUAUGGGAUGAGCUUAACUUUGUUCCUCUGGUACGCCAUCCACUUUAAGAAGAGUUUGGAUCGGAAGGGCAAAUACACGCUGCCAAAGCAAUAGAC